AUGGCACGCUACUUGAGAAUAUUUGAGUACCCUGUUCGCUUCUCAUGUCGACUUUCAGUUCCAGUUUUCCGGCCCAUGUGGCAUCGAAAGCUCGACUCGAUGUCUUCCACCCGGCCGGUCACUACCAUGAGCAAGAAACAUUGCGUCGAGUACAACUGGAUCGAGGGUGUGGAGAGACUUGAAGAAUACCAGCCUGGCGGUUAUCACCCCAUUAUGGUCGGUGACGUGCUACAUGGCCGUUAUAAAAUUGUAGACAAACUUGGCUUUGGGGGCUAUUCGACGGUUUGGCUUGCCCGAGACGCUUAUCUAAAUCGAUAUGUUACUCUCAAGGUCAGCAUAGCCGACUCAAUUCAGCACGAGACGAAUGUUCUGAAGGCUCUGUCUGUAUUGCCUUCGUCUUCUUCGCCGGUACAUCCUGGCCGUGGUCUAGUACCUGUUUUUUUGGACGAAUUCGAAGUGCGAGGUCCCAAUGGAAAACAUAUAUGCUACACAAUGGCUCCUGCACAAUGCAACCUUAGAGAGGUCUCCUUUAGUCGUCUUUUCCCCCUCAAAGUUGCUCGGGCACUUUCAUACCGACUGGUACAGGCUGUCGCUUAUACACAUUCACAAGGCUAUGUCCAUGGUGACAUUCAUUUGAAUAACAUUUUGGUCAAGCCACCGUCAACUUUCGAUGAGCUUUCUAUCGCGCAAUUCUAUGAAAUGUUUGGCGGACCUGAGACAGUUCCUAUCACACGACAUGAUAGAGGACCUUUGCCACCUAAUGUCCCGGCCAAAGCUGUUGUGCCACUAUUCCUAGGAAAAUACGCCGAAAAGUUCUCAUCGUCCGACGCACAUCCGCUUCUAACCGACUUUGGUGAAGCGUUUUCCCCAACUUUACACAUUCGUCUUGGGAAAGACUGUCAUACGCCACUCGCGUUUCGGGCUCCAGAAGCAAAGUUUGAAUCGCAAACUCCGCUCGCGUAUCCCUCGGAUAUUUGGAGUCUUGCUACGGCAAUCUGGGAGAUUAUCGGAAUGAAGGCCAUCUUCAGCACCGAACUCGUGGGUGAAGAUAAGAUAGCGGCUCAGCAUGUUGAUGUACUAGGGCCUAUGCCAUCGGAAUGGUGGCAGCACUGGGAAGGACGAGCCAGAUUCUUCAAUGACGAUGGCACUCCCAAGGAGUCUUAUAUGGAAAAUAAAUGGCCGCCUCUGGAGGAAUCAUUUGAGACCGGUGUGCAGAAAUGGAGACAGAGGGUGGGAGACGAGAUUGAGGAAGAGGAGAAAGUUGCGUUUCUGGAUUUGAUGCGACGGAUGCUGUCUUUCCGGCCAGAAGAGCGACCGACUGUCGAAGAGGUGCUGAUGUCAGAUUGGAUGGUCAGCUGGGCAUUGCCUGAUUGCCAGCGGAGCUGA